GCUGGAUACCGCAUACAAUGUAACAGGUGCGAUGCGUAUUUCAAUGGCGUCACCUAGAGUAAUUUUGAUCAUAUUUUAGAAGCUUUUAUUUCCUUUUAGAACCAAAACAAAAUGAAACGUUCCCAGGAAAGAGAUAUGUCACCGAGGGUUCCGAAGAGAUCACGCUAUCCCGGCCCUGAUUAUGAGAUGAUGAGAAAAUCACCAAUUCCCGAAUAUGAUCGACGAGAUCUUCGAAUGAGCCCUCCGCCUCGGAGUCGGGAAAUGAAAUAUUAUCACGAUGACGUGAGGCCAAGGUAUCGUGAAGAUGAUUAUCCAAUAGGCCGAACAGAGUUGAAAACCCCAGAAUAUAGAUCUCUUUGUUUAAGUGGUAUAUCAAGUAAGAUUCCUGACCAUGCUGUGAAAGACGCCUUGUAUAGAGAAUUCAAAAAAUUUGGUGAAUUUAAUGUUAAUAUUACUUAUACUGGGGAAAUGCGUGUGGCCUACAUUAAUUUCCGUUAUCCCGAGGAUGCACGAGAAGCAAAGCAUGCAAAACACAACAAAUUGGUUCUGUUUGAAAGGCUUGUGGUAAUUGAAUCUGUGUAUCCCAAAAAACACCAUGGUGCACCUAGUGGAGCAAUGUCCACCUCAAGUUACGCUCGUUCAAAUGAAUUUCUGAAUUAUCCAGGUGGCAGCAGUAGUAGGAGGAGCUCACCUCCUUUUCAACCAAGAAGAAGUUACCCAAGCAUGCGAUCUCCUGAAGUAGAUGUGCCUCAACGAAAAGACUUUGGUUCAGGUUACAUCUCACCCACCAGUGUUAGAAGAGCGCCAAAUGAGAAGUUUCCAUACCACUUAGAUCACAUACCACCAGAGGAAGAUGACAAAGCAACAAGAACUCUCUUUGUAGGAAACCUUGAUUACAACAUCACUGAUGAAGAACUAAAGGAUGUGUUUGAAAAGUAUGGAUUUCUUGAGGAAAUUGACAUCAAAAGACCUCAACGUGGACAAGGAAAUGCAUAUGCAUUCAUUAAAUUCAUGAAUCUUGACUAUGCACAUCGGGCAAAAGUUGAAAUGUCUGGACAAUACAUUGGGCGUUUUCAGUGCAAAAUUGGCUAUGGAAAAGUGACUCCAAGUACUUGUAUUUGGGUAGGAGGUUUAGGGCCAUGGGUGACUCAUCAAAUGCUGGAACGUGAAUUUGAUAGGUUUGGGAUCAUUGAACGAAUUGAGUGGCCACAGAGCAAAAGUUAUGCUUAUGUGUUAUAUGACAACAUUGAUGCUGCUCAGGCUGCAUGUUCUGAAAUGCGAGGGGCUCCACUUGGGGGACAAGAUAGACGUCUUAGAAUUGACUUUGCUGAUGUCAGUCAUAUCACUAAUACACCAAAACCACUAGAAAUAAAAACAAAUGAAAGUGGCAGAGGAUACCAGGGCAGCAACUGGAAGCCACCUCAUGAAAGGAGAGAGGAUGGCAAAAGUGUUGAUGGUUCGUUCCGAAGUCAAGAACCUAAAGAUGAGCGUAGAAGAUCGUAUGAAGAGUUUGAUGUAAGAGGCCCAGAUAUGCCAUAUAGGAGACCAAGAACCCCAGAUGGGUCGGAAGACCGAAGACGACGAAGAAGUCCCGAUAAGUAUGAUGGGCAUCCUCAAAGCAGGGAUGGUAGAAAAGGAGGCAGAGUUUCAGAUGAGGAGUUCGAUGUGGAUGGAGGAAGGCGUGAUGCAAGGAGGUUAUCUGCUGAGAAAGAGUAUUCUGAUUUGGAGGAAGUUGAAAACAUCAGUGAAAUGGUGAAGUGUCUACCUGUGGCGUGGAAUGGGGGAAUUCUGUUAAAAAAUAGUGCUUUUCCUGGGAGGAUGCAUGUUGUGAGUGGGGAUGUCACGAUUGUGGAUACUCUGAUGAGAGAUCCGACCACCACGGAAACACCCAUGCUGAAGAUCAAACAGAGGCUGCGAUUAGACCCACCCAAACUGGAUGAUGUCGGAAGACGGGUUGUAGCUGCUGGUCGGGGUGGUCAUUGUAUUCUUCUUGCAAUGCCGAGCACACUUCCAAACUGGGACGAUUCUGCUGUCCAACAGAGACCACUGAAAAAUUUGGUGACAUAUUUGCGCCAGAAAGAGGCUGCUGGAGUGAUCUCUCUUCCUCCUUAUGAGACGAAAGACAAGGACAACGUGGGUGUUCUUUAUGCUUUUCCUCCUUGUGCAUUCGGAUACGAGUACCUGAGGAAGGCAGCACCCAGAUUACCAGCAGAACCAAUUCAAGAUGAUUACCUUAUCGUUGUAGUCAUAAGAGGGACUGUAUAAAGUGCUUUUGAAGCAAUUGUAGAUCGAAUGAUUUUAAAAAUCAGUAGAAGAUAAUUUAUAGCCCUUUUUAAAAAAACCAAUAUUAUGUAAUGUUGUGUGUGUUGAGGAUAUUGCAGCUGUAGAUAAAAUACUGCCAUUUUGCACACUUGAGUGAUUUAUUUGAUGGUUAAUAUUUUUGAAAACUUUUCUCUUUUUUAGCAACUAUAUUUGACAUAGAUUAUACUUUAACAUUUGUACAAUGCAUUGGUUCUCUUUUUUAUCUGUUGAGAAGAAAUUUAAAUCAAUCAAAUUACUUUCAUUUUAAGAAAACAUCAUCAACGUAAGUUGUUUACUUAAUUUUGUCUAUUAUAAAAAGAUUUUUCAGUUUGAUUUACAUCAUGUUGGAAACAAAUUUGCAAAUCCACUACAAAGAAAUGUUGCAUUCUUUGAGAAAUGGUCUAGGUUUAAUUUAUUGAAUAUAUUUAAAGAGGUGCUGAAAAAAAUGUUGGUGAACAUUUAUUAUGUAUAUUGUGAAAAUAUUUAGUACAGGAACAUAAUUGUACAUAGAUUUAGUAUUUACCGUCAAGAUUGCAAGGAGAAAAGGGACAUGUUAGGAUUUCAAUACAAUAUUUUAGCAUAUUUUUUAAAAAUAAGCAGACAAUUACAAUAUAGUUUAUGAUAAUUUUAUUUAAUGUGAUUGUCUCUUGAGAAUGUGUGUGUGCGUGUAUGUAUAUAUGUGAUAUCAGACAUACUGGUUUCAUCUCUGUAAUACCAUUGCGAGACUUGUGGUUUCUUUUUAGCGUUUGUUGACUCUUGCUGCCAAAAAGAUUUCUAUACAGAAGGAGCCCACAAAAAUUAUCAAACAGGGAGGAAUGAAUUCAAAAUGAGAGAAAUCUUUUGGAUGAUGGAAUUAAUGUGCAAUAGUUGAUGGUGGAACGUUUAGACUUUAUAUGCUGAAUAUCUCGAUGAUGUGUGAAUGUUUAUAAACAAUUUUGUGUGUUGUGAAUAGAUAAUAAUAUUGUAGAUUUUUUGGUUAUUAAAAAAGAAGUGAUUCUUGGACAGUUCAGCACUCUAUAUUGGAUGUGAAAUAUGAUAAAAUCUCGGAUGUGAUGAUGUGUUGAGUGAAUUCACAAUCAUCUGGAAAUGUGUGCAUGAUGGACAAUUAUUGGCCAUGUCUAAGAGACAGCCAUUUUUUCCGGAAUAUAUCCUGUUCUGUUAAAUAAUCUACAUCUGAUGCUUUCAGUGAUGUGUUUUGUGUGCAUUUAUUUUGCAACCCCAUAUGAUAUAGUUAGUAGCAAGAAAAAUAAACCUUGUGAAAAUGAAAACAACAAGAGAUGACCUUUAUUUUUCAGAUAGAAGCAGUUUGCUUAUUUUUGAAAGUGUGAUUAUCAAAAGUUUGUGUCACAAUCUAGUGAAAACAAACAAGAUAUUUCAAGUUUUCUCGGAAUGCGCAUUCCAAAAAAAGUGAUGUGCUUGUGGUUUUUAAAAUUGAUGAAUGUUCUAGUGUCUGUUUUAAAAUAUCUCCGUAAGCAAUGCUUGCUAUAAAAAAAAUUCUGGAAUUCAUUUUAUUUCCAUCAAUGGAAGAUUCUUUGAUGGUUUCGGAGAAUGAAGAUACAUGAUAGUGUUAAUUGCUUUUCAUUCAUUCCCGUGUAUUCAGUGCAAUAGAGUGUAAAAUUGUGAUAUGUUUUUAACAGAAAAGUGAAAUUAAAAGUCAACUAAGUUGUGAACAUGGAAGCAACUUGAUCAAUGUG